UUCCAACUAUGAAGUGCUGUACUUUUUUAAAUAAGAGAUAUGCCAGAUUCUAUAACUAAGUGAAUAUUCUCUUCAAAGGAGAUGAUGUUUAUUUCAAACCUUUUAUCUUUUCUGGCACUUUUUUUGAGAGAGAGAGUGUGUGUGCACUCGAGUGGGGCAGGAGGUGGGGUGCAGAGGGAAGGGGAGAGAGAAUCAUAAGCAGGCUUCACACUCAGGGUGGAGCCAUGAUGUGGGGCUCAAUCUCAUGACCUGAGCUGAAAUCAAGUGUUGGCCGCUUAACUGACAGAGUAACCCAGGUGCCCCCUUUUCUGUAACUCUUUAAAAGUGGCUUUGAGUACCUAUGGAUGUCCACUAGGGUGGUAGAUCUUUGCAGACUUUGGUGUAGGUACUCAAUUUGUGGAAAUUACUCAAAUGGCUUGUUACCAGAUAGUUCUGAAUUACAGAUUUUUUUAAAAAAAUAUUUAUUUGACAGAGACAGCGAGAGGGAAUACAAGCAGGGGGAGUGGGAGAGGGAGAAGCAGGCUCCCCGCUGAGCAGGGAGUCCGAUGCAGAACUCUAUCCCAGGACCCUGGGAUCAUGACUUGAGCUGAAGGCAGAUGCUUAACGACUGAGCCACCCAGGCGCCCUGAAUUACAGAUGUUAAAUGAGGAAGUGAUUAAAUUAUGAAUUAUUUUUGUUUAGACUUUAGAUAUGGCUAGAGAGUAGUAAGACAGAGAAGGAAUUCCGUGUAUUUUGUCUUGACUACUAAUAGUUCUGAAAGAAAAGUGAUAGUUUUAUACAAAGGAAAUUGCAUGUAUUCUCUUUUCUAGGGUGACUACUUUGAAGAGGGCAAAAAUCAGGUGUAUCCUGGUUUCAUUGCAGCCAUCACUGAGGACCAUCCGGAGUGCCGCAUGGUACAAUGAUUCAGCUGACAGCUACCCCUGCAAGCGCACUUAUCGAUGAGCCAGUGCAUAUCCGAGCUACUGGCCUGCCGCCUUCCCAUAUAGUGCUUCUUCGGGCAUCACUGGAAGAUGAGAAGGGGAACCUGUUUCAUUCUCUAGCCUACUAUAAGGCCAGUGAAGUUGGUGAGGUAGAUCUGGAGAGGGACCCUUCACUGGGCGGGGACUAUGUAGGAGUCCACCCUAUGGGUCUCUUCUGGUCCCUGAAACCUGAAAAACUCUUAAUGAAAUUGUCAAAAAGAGAUGUGAUGAAUAGCCCCUUCCUGGUCCAAAUAAAACUUUAUGAUUCGAAUUUACUUUUAACCAACAUCGCCACCACUACUCCAAAAGUCAGCCUGACCUUGGAGAGGUGGUACAGGGCACCGGGUGUCAAACGGAUCCAAGUUCGAGAAGGCCGCCUCCGGGGAGCCCUCUUUCUCCCUCCUGGAGAGGGACGUUUCCCAGGGGUAAUUGACUUGUUCGGUGGUCUCGGUGGACUGAUUGAAUUCCGGGCCAGUCUCCUGGCCAGUCAUGGCUUUGUGGCCUUGGCCUUGGCUUACUUUAACUAUGAAGAUCUGCCUCCCCAACCAGAAAAGACAGAAUUAGAAUACUUUGAGGAAGCUGUCAACUUUCUCCUGAGAUAUCCUAAGGUCCUCGGCCCAGGCAUUGGGAUAGUUUCCAUAAGCAGAGGUGCAGAGAUUGGACUCUCCAUGGCUAUUCACCUAAAACAAGUCAUAGCCACUGUGCUUAUUAAUGGGCCCAACUUUGUAUUUAGCAUUCCACAGGUAUAUCGCGGUCAGGUAAGUCAGCCCCUGACCAUCUCUCCACAACUGCUAUCCAUCAAUGCCUUAGGGUUAGCAGAGUUCCAGCACACCUUUGAGGAAGCUCGACGUGAAGCCAGUGAGACUUCUUUCUUCCCCGUUGAAAAGGCCCAGGGACAUUUCCUUUUCGUUGUGGGAGAAGAUGAUAAGAAUUUCAACAGCAAAGCAUUUGCUGAGCAAGCCACAGAACAGUUGAGAAGAUAUGGGAAGAACAACUGGACCCUGCUAUCUUACCCUGGGGCGGGCCACCUGUUAGAGCCUCCCUAUUCCCCACUGUGCUGUGCCUCAGAGAUCUCCAAUCUCCACCUAUUCACGCACUGGGGUGGAGAGGUGAUCCCACAUGCUGCUGCCCAGGAGCAUUCUUGGAAGGAGAUCCAGAAGUUCCUCAGGAAGCACCUUGUUCCAGUUGUGACCAGUCAACUCUGAGAAGAGAAGAUACUCCUGAGAACCAGAGAAAUAAUACCAGCCCUUCCCUUGAUUUUCAUGGAACAACGUCUUUGAUUUCUUAUUGUGAGGUUCUACUGAGAGAAACAGGAGCUUGACAGUGGUCAUGUCUUUUUUUUUUUUUUUGAAGAUUUAAUUUAUUUAUUUGACAGAGAGAGACAGUGAGAGAGGGAACACAAGCAAGGGGAGUG